AUGGUCCAUCGCCAAAAGAACGAAGUACCUCUGGUGUUUCUACCAAUAAUCACCAAGACGAAAGUUCCCAUCCUGGAAGGCGACUUUAAUCUCCACAAAUCGAACAGUACUUACUUUACAGAUCUUGACUCCAGCCGAUCCCUUCUCUUGUCAUUUCUUGUCUUCCACGGAAUGUCCAAAACCCAUAAGGAGCUUGCUGCUGAAGGGAGGAAUGGUGUCAUGACUGUCAUGCUGGGAUCCACUUACACAAACUUUAAAAGAGAGAUACAGACGGGUUAUCCAUAUGAAGUUUGGUCGCGGAUCUUGACUUGGGACCAAAAAUGGCUCUAUAUCGUGACGCAUUUUGUUCGAAAGGAUAAGAUCGUUCCCAAGGCGUCAGUGACUGAAGUUAUCAAUGACCGCAAGCCCAAGAGUGUGAAUGCUUCGAAGAAGACUUUCAAGACACCAAGAGUCUUGUCUCAGAGCGACGUCGAACAGUCGGUUUUUGCGACUUCAAUAUCUAAAUGUGUAUUCAAGAAGGGGCGAAUGACGGUUUCUCCGGAGCGCGUACUUGCCGCAUCAGGAUUGUUAUCCAAUGCAAUCUCAGAUAAAUCUGCAAUAGAUUUGACUGGAUCGCAACAUUCUAUAGAUCCGGAAAUGAAAGACUUGUUUCAAAAAGGAACGACACCUCAAUAUAGCAACCAUGAGCUUGACAGAGAAAUAGAAGUGGAAAGAGACAAAGGGAUGAGAUUUGCAUGUCUCUUAUCGGAGUUGGAGGAUCUGCAGGGUCAUCUUUUGAAAGAUAAAGAGCUCUCGAAUGGCGUUAUUACGUUAGGUACCUUCAGCGACCUAGGCCAUAGCGUCUCUCUGUGA